AUGAACUGCCAUGAGCAGGAGCACCAGGAGCUCGCCGCCACCACGAGCAACAACGGCCUGGACUGGCUCGAGGACUCCAUCUCCUUCCUCACCGCCGAUGUCGACAUCGGCAGCAGCUAUGAGUGGUGGUCUACUCCCGCGGCGGAGCAGCAAGAUGACAUUGGCAGCGUCGUGGCGCAGACGCUUUCGCCUCCGGCGCCACUGGCGACAACCAGUUCGCCCCUGACGCACGCCUCUCCAAUCAUUGCGUCUCCGGCGGUGUCGUUGCCGUCGGAGCCUUCGUCCAAGAAGCGCAAGUCCCCGGCGCACAAGGCGUCUGGCCAGAGCAGCGGCAACCAGCGACGGCGCGCUGAGCAGGAUAGGCAAGGUUGUGGUAGCGGCGGCGGCAAAAAGGGCGGCGCCAAGGGCGGCGGAGCGGGAUCAGACCGGGACACGAGGUGGGCCGAGCAGCUGCUGAACCCGUGCGCGGCCGCCGUCGAGGCUGGCAACCUGUCAAGGGUGCAGCACAUGUUCUACGUUCUCGGCGAGCUCGCCUCCUUCUCGGGCGACGCCAACCACCGCCUGGCCGCGCACGGGCUUCGCGCGCUCGCCCGCAGGCUCCCUGCUGCCGUUGGCCUGGAAACCGCGGCAGCCGUGCGGGUGCCACCCUGCGAGUGCCCCACGCCGGCGUUCGCGGGCGCCGAGCCGCAGCUGUUCCGCGCGUCGCUCAUCAAGUUCCACGAGGUGAGCCCGUGGUUCGCGCUCCCCAACGUGCUGGCCAACGCCGCCAUCACGCAGGCCUCGGCGUGCUGCGCCGAGCCCCGGCUGCUCCACGUCGUCGACCUCGGCGUCUCGCACGGCGUGCAAUGGCCGACGCUUCUGGAGUCCCUGACCCGCCUGCCCGGUGGGCGCGCACCGCCCUCCGUCCGCCUCACCGUCGCGGGCCCCGCGGCCACACCGCCGGCGCCCUUCUGCGCUUCGCCUCAGGGGUAUGACUUCUCGCCGCACCUCCUCCGGUACGCCAAGUCCAUCAACCUGCAGCUUGCCAUCGCUCGUGCAGCCUCCCUGGAGUCCGUGCAUGGCUUCGCCACCCCCGGCGAGGCGCUCGUCGUCUGCAUCCAGUUCCGGCUCGGCCAUGUAACCGCUGACGAGCGGACAGACAUCCUAAAGAAGGUCCGACGCCUCAACCCGGAGCUGGUGGUGCUCUCGGAGCUCGAUGCCGGGGGAGACGGCACCGCGGCGGGCGAUUUCUUGGCAAGGCUGGAGCUGCUGUGGCGGUUCCUGGAGUCGACUUCGGCAGCGUUCAAGGGGAGGGAAGGGGAGGAGAGGCGGCUGCUGGAGGCCGAGGCUGGCACGUCCGUCCCAGCAGAGGCGGCAGGCGAGGGGAAGGAGGUGUGGCGGGAACGCAUGGCAGCGGCCGGGUUCGAGGAGGUGGCGUUCGGGGACGAGGCUGUGGAGUCGGCCAAGUCGCUUCUGAGGAAGUACGAUGGCGGGUGGGAGAUGUCAGUGCCGGCGGCGUCAGGAGGCGCCUGCGCAGUGGCGCUGCGGUGGAAGGGGCAGCCGGUGUCGUUCUGCUCGUUGUGGCGGGCGGCGUAG